CCGCUGUUAAAGGUACAGAGUGCCAACGCAGACUGAUCCGCUGCUGCUGCGAAGGGAGGAGACGCGACGAGCUGCCAGAAGAUGUCCAUGAUGAAGCUGCUGAGGUCCGUAGCGGCGCUCUGCCUCCUGGCCGCCGCGGCCUUCGCCGUCCCGGCUCAGGAGAAGCGCAUCCACCACCAGUUGGAUCUGAGUGACCACGACGACGGCCACGGCUUCCUGUACGACCACAAGGCCUUCCUGGGCAAAGAGGAGGCCAAGACCUUCGACCAGCUGACCCCCGAGGAGAGCAAAGACAAACUGGCGAAGAUCGUGGACCGCAUCGACACGGACAAGGACGGCUUCAUCAGCCACGCGGAACUGCACUCCUGGAUCAAACACCGGCAGAGGAGGUACAUCCAGGAGAACGUCAACAAGCACUGGAAGGACUACGACCAGAACCACGACGGGAAGAUCGCCUGGCAGGAGUACAAGAACACCACCUACGGGUUCUACCUGGACGAGGAGUUUGACGACGUGGAGGACAAGACCGCCUACCGGACCAUGCUGACCCGGGACGAGAGGCGCUUCAAGACCGCCGACCGGGACGGAGACGGCAUCGCCACGCGGGACGAGUUCACGGCCUUCCUGCACCCCGAGGAGUUCCACCACAUGAGGGAUGUCAUCGUGCAGGAAACCAUGGAGGACAUCGAUAAGAACGGAGACGGCAAGGUGGACAUGACGGAGUACAUCGGGGACAUGUACACAUCAGAAGACGGGGAGGGAGAGCCGGACUGGGUCCAGACGGAGAAGAAACAGUUCUCUGAUUUCAGAGACACCAACAAGGACGGGUACCUGGAUGCUGAGGAGGUGGCCGACUGGGUUCUGCCAGGAGAGGUGGACCACGCUGACAACGAAGCCAAGCAUCUGAUCCUUGAGACCGACACGGACCAGGACCAGAGAAUCACCAAGAAGGAGGUUCUGUCCAACUGGAACAUGUUUGUGGGCAGCCAGGCGACCAAUUACGGGGAGGACUUGACCAAGAGACACGACGAGCUGUGAUGAGCGGGGGUCGUUAUGGACCUGUGGACUCACACACACACACACUCUCAUGUACUGUGUAUGUGAAUACAGACGCUCCGUUUCUCUCUUUGCUUAAUUUACCAAGUGAAUAAUUGUAAAGUUUAUGACACGGUUCCACGUGGUCCCGACAUGUGACGGUUCCACGUGGUCCCGACACGUGACGGUUCCACGUGGUCCCGACACGUGGUUCCAGGUCUUUGUGUGACACACUAGGGAUUCUGAAUGACAGACAGUUCUAUCUUCAGCCUGUGAACAGACACGCGGCUUCAGGAGGUUUGACUAUUAAAAGUCUGGUUUGUUUUCUA